UAAAAUGAUAAUUAUCAAAAAGAAAUUGACAUUCAAGCAAUAAUAAGGAAGCAACCAAAAAUUAUUUGUUUUAUCAUUUUUUUUAAGUCUUCCAACUUGCAAGCAUUUUUAGCAAAACCUUAUCAGACAAUAUGAGCCCAAUUUUUGUACCCAAAAAGUUACCACUAAAGCCCAUUCUAAAUCCACAGAUGGAAGCAAGCAACAGUCCAGUAAUUAGAGCUCUAAAAUCAACCUAAAGCCCAUUCUAAAUCCACAGAUGGAAGCAAGCAACAGUCCAGUAAUUAGAGCUCUCAAUUCAACAGGUUGUUAUUGACUCAUUUUAAGGAGAAACGUAGAAACAAACCGGUCAUGGAAUUCUUUGCUUUGUCCAAAACAAAUCAGGAAAAUGAAACAGGAAUACGAUGCAUCCCAUAUUCUUGAUCUUAUAGUUUGUUUGACAUCAGGAGAACCGUCAGAUCAGAUCGUUUCUUCAAAACCCAGACAUGCUUUUGUUGAGAUCUGGCCGGGCUUGUACUAGCUUCCCUUCGGUGACUUGUCUCUGGUGAAAAUCGAGAAAGACACGUACAAAAGGAGAGGACAGGUGGUGGGCUAAAUGUUUUUUUCACGUUUCUUUCAUGCUGACACAUUCACUGCUGCUUAGCUGGACUCUUAUAAACUGCCCAGAAAAAACCCAAUGCAGUUUCAACCCCUUCUUUUUUCAUGGUUAGUUUCAUUGUCUUGCGCUUUCUGAUUUCAUAAUUCUUGGACUUCUGGGUUCUUUGAUAUAUAAAGACCAUGUGUUUAGAUUUGAAUGUUGCUUGCAGAAACAGAGAAACUUAUUAACCAGGCAAACCCAGGCUGAGAUGGUGGAGCCAAUCACCGUUGAGUAUGUGGAAUUGGGAGAGCUUUCUUCCCCCAAGAUAGAUAAGUAUCAAAAGGUUUCUAUUAUACCUCUUGUGUUCUUGAUCUUCUAUGAGGUCUCUGGGGGGCCUUUUGGUGUUGAAGAUAGUGUCCAGGCAGCUGGUCCCCUUUUAGCUCUUCUUGGAUUUUUGCUGGUUCCGUUCAUAUGGAGUAUCCCAGAGGCGUUAAUAACAGCAGAAUUAGGUACAAUGUUCCCCGAGAAUGGCGGUUAUGUUGUCUGGGUGUCAUCAGCUUUGGGCCCUUAUUGGGGUUUCCAACAAGGCUGGAUGAAAUGGUUGAGUGGGGUUAUUGAUAAUGCUUUGUACCCAGUUUUAUUUCUGGAUUACCUGAAAUCAGCUAUCCCAGUUUUGGAAGGAGGUCUGCCAAGGACAAUAGCAGUGUUGGUUUUGACCCUAGCUCUCACUUAUAUGAGCUACAGAGGUUUAACCAUAGUGGGUUGGGUUGCCAUAUUACUGGGGGUGUUUUCACUUCUCCCUUUUAUUUUUAUGGGAAUUGUGGCAAUUCCCAAACUGAAGCCUUCAAGGUGGCUUGUGGCAGACCUUGGAUAUAUAGACUGGGGUUUAUACUUAAAUACUCUCUUUUGGAAUCUAAAUUAUUGGGACUCUGUUAGCACUCUUGCAGGAGAGGUAGAAAAUCCAAGUAAAACUCUUCCAAAAGCUCUAUUUUAUGCUGUUAUCUUAGUUGUUUUUGGAUACUUUUUCCCCCUUUUGAUUGGUACUGGGGCUAUUCCACUUGAUCGCCAGCUAUGGACUGAUGGAUAUUUCUCAGAUAUUGCUAAAAUGCUUGGAGGUGUCUGGCUGCUAACAUGGAUUCAAGCAGCAGCUGCUCUAUCAAACAUGGGAAUGUUUCUUGCUGAGAUGAGUAGCGAUUCCUUCCAGCUUGAGGGAAUGGCAUCUCGAGGAAUGCUUCCUGAGCUCUUUGCUAAGAGGUCUCGCUAUGGAACCCCUCUGGUUGGGAUUUUAUUCUCUGCAUCUGGUGUUUUACUACUGUCAUGGUUGAGCUUUCAAGAAAUAGUAGCAGCAGAAAACUUCUUAUACUGUUUCGGAAUGAUCAUGGAGUUUAUAGCAUUUGUGAAGCUAAGGAUAGACCAUCCAGCAGAAUCAAGGCCAUUCAAGAUACCUGUUGGCACAGCUGGAGCAAUUCUAAUGUGUAUCCCCCCAACCCUAUUAAUUCUUGUGGUUUUAGCUUUUGCUUCUCUCAAAGUAAUGGUGAUUAGCAUGGCAGCUGCAAUAGUCGGGCUUGUUCUUGAGCCUUGUUUAAGAUAUUCAGAGAAGAAAAGAUGGUUCAAAUUCUCCAUGAAUGCUGACCUCCAUGAUUUUCAUUCCCCCUAUCAGUAGCGUAAUGAAACAUCAUUAUGAAAUUGCAAUUUCCUUUUUUCCAUUUUCCAUUACGUCUGAAAUGUGAACGUAACUCUGAGCAUUCAUGUCUUCUAUAUGCAUUGAAUUCUUUUAGAUGCUUAUCAAGCUAUGGGAGCUAGUCAUGCUUAAUUUACUGCCGCAUAGCUGCUGUUACCUUUGGCAUGAAUUAAAAUGGAAUGGUAAGCUUGAGAGUUUGAUUUUGCUCACCAUGAAAGAAGUUAAAAAAGCAUUCAUCAAAGGCUAAAAUCCUUUUCUUCCUAUGGUUGGUGAUUGCCGGCCAGCUUAAACCUUUGCCUCUUCAUAAAUUUGAGGGAAGAGGAAAGCCACCAAUCCAGUCUUUUGAGCAUGAAAUACAUUCACUUAUUACUGAAUCUAAUCCAAAGCCAAUUUGCAAAGUGUUUCAAAAUCGGGAUGAAAUAUACCACUUAUAUUAUUUCAGUAUGCUAAAUAAAAGGGGA